UGGCCGUGGCAAUGCGGGCCGCUGAUUGGCCACCACCACUUGGCGUCUUUUCGUAACGUCAACGUAUUGCCGGAAAAAUCCGCAAACAUCGGCCCCAAAUUAAAUUCUUUCGUGUAAAGUGCACAAGAAACGGUUAAAAUGUCGAUCGGGGUGCCCAUUAAAGUGCUCCACGAGGCCGAAGGCCAUAUCGUCACUUGCGAGACCAUCACCGGCGAAGUCUACAGAGGCAAGCUGAUCGAGGCUGAAGACAACAUGAACUGCCAAAUGACCCAAAUCACGGUAACGUAUCGGGACGGACGGGUGGCCCAGCUGGAGAAUGUGUACAUUCGGGGCUCCAAAAUCAGGUUCUUGAUACUGCCCGACAUGCUAAAGAACGCCCCCAUGUUCAAGAAACAGACAAAGGCGGGGACUGCGGGACGGGGCAAGUCGGCGAUUUUGAGGGCACAAGCGGCAAGGGGGCGAGGCCGGGGGGCCAAUCCGGCCGUGAGGGGCGGAAGAGGCGGCGCCUGGCAGGCGCCGGGCCAAGGGGCUGCCGCGGGACGCGGCAGAUAAUUAGGAGUGAAAGAUUAAGUGUGACUGAAUUAGGUUAAGUACAGAAAAAAACUUCUCAUUUUUAAUUAUUUUAUUUGAAACGUGUAGCAAAUAAAUAUUUUCAAUUCCA